AUGUCACUCUCAAAUCACACCUCGCAAAAGAGCAAACCGCGAGGCAAAAAAUCCAAGCCAGAAAAUCCAAUCAUCGCGGCUGUCAGACAAUGGCUGACUUCACUACCGCCUCAAGCGCAAUCAUGGAGUACCGAUGAUGAAUUGAAGACCAUCUUGGACGAGCAAACACCAAAGAGGUACACGACUUAUACGCCCAUGGUGCUGCUUCCCAGCGGCAGCUUCAAUAAAGGACAUUGGCCGUCCAUCCUAAGCCAUCCGGACGUUGGCGACGAGAAGCUUCACCAGCUGUGGGAAGCAAUUCUCCAAGAGAUCUUGAAGACGGGCGUAGGGAAGGUAUCUCACCUUGCCGUUAACGAAGGGAUACCGCCCCAGACGGAUCCAAAAUCCGAGGAGACUUGCGAGAGUCAAGGCGAGAGCGAGAACAUACUGAGGACCCCGGGUGGGCUCAGAAUUCUCCACGGCGACUUUGGCCCCUCGAUCAACCCAACGACGCCUUCGACGGAGGAUUUCGAGGCCGCCUUUUGGGUUUCGACCAAGCAGAACGGUAUCUUCCAGACCUGGGCCCCUCGCUGGACCAUGUUCAGCCGGGGCAACAUCAAAGAGAAAACACGACUGCUGGAGUUCUACAGCAAGAACGACGGCGAGCAAAGUCCUCUACACCGCGGGAGACCCGACGGAACAACAGCAGUCGACCUGUACGCGGGAAUCGGCUACUUCACGUUUUCCUACGCGAAGCUCGGCAUGAAGGUCCUCUGCUGGGAGCUCAAUCCUUGGAGCGUCGAGGCGCUACGUCGCGGUGCCGUUGCCAAUGGUUGGAAAGUCAAGGUUGUUCAAGGGGCGGAUCUCGAGCUUCCUAGCGCGCAGCUCUUCACCGGAGAGGAACAAAUCAUCGUUUUCCUCCAAGAUAACCGGGAGGCCGCACGCGGGUUCGACGAGAUGUGCAAGUCGGAACCCUUCCUCCGCCAUACAAGCGCUGAGCCUGUACGCAGCAAAAUUGAUCUCAAAAUCUCCCACAUCAAUGGCGGCCUGCUCCCUACAAGCGAGCCAAGCUGGCGAACAGCUUGGGAUAUCUUGGCAGCCGACUCGAACGCCUGGUUGCACCUCCACGAAAACGUCGGCGUCAAGGACAUCGAAAAUCGGAGCGCCGAGAUCGAGCGCAUGUUCCAGGACUGGGCGGCAGAUGCCAACGACGGACGCGGGGCAAAGGUUGAGCAUGUGGAAUUAGUCAAGACGUACGCGCCCGAUGUAUGGCACUGCGUCUUUGAUGUACAUAUUACAGCCGCUCGACGCCCUAUGUGA